CCAGCCGCUCCGGCGAGCGCAGCGCAGCCCACGGCAUUCGCCAACGAGAGCUUGAAAAGCCCUUCCCACGCUGGGCCCCGCGACGCGAGCCCACACGUCCGCUUCCGCUGCCUCAGCCACUCGGCAGCCCAUGUGCUGAGCUCACAUGCCUGCCGUUCCCACGCCUCGCCACCCUCCUCCCCCUUCCGCCUCCGCUGCUCCGCCUCCACCUCCUCGCUAGCCUAACCGCAGGGCAGCCACCGCAGACCACACCGCCACUGCACCAAUCAUCACGCACCGGAGCGCACGCGGGUGGGGAGUCCCGAGGCGAUCAGGCGAAGCGGCGCGCCAACUGACGCCAUGAAGGAGGGCGGUGGCGGCGGCGGGGACGGGGGGUUCGUGCGGGCGGACCAGAUCGACCUCAAGAGCCUGGACGAGCAGCUGGAGCGCCACCUCAGCCGCGCCUGGACCAUGGAGAAGCGCAAGGAGGAGGCCUCCGGGGGCGCCGACCAGCGCGGCGCUGGCGCCAGGCCGCACUCCCGGCGCCCGCGGAGGGAGGACUGGGAGAUCGACCCGGCCAAGCUCGUCGUCAAGGGCGUCAUCGCCCGCGGCACCUUCGGCACCGUCCACCGCGGCAUCUACGACGCCCACGACGUUGCAGUGAAACUACUUGAUUGGGGAGAGGAUGGGCAUAGGUCAGAACAAGACAUUCAAGCACUAAGAGCAGCUUUUUCACAAGAGGUUUCUGUUUGGCAUAAGCUUGACCAUCCAAAUGUAACUAAGUUUAUAGGAGCUAUAAUGGGUGCAAGGGAUCUGAAUAUUCAAACAGAAAAUGGUCACAUUGGCAUGCCAACUAAUAUCUGCUGUGUUGUUGUGGAGUACCUUCCUGGUGGUGCACUAAAAUCAUUUCUGAUAAAGAACAGGAGAAGGAAGUUAGCUUUUAAGGUCGUUGUCCAAAUUGCUCUUGACCUUGCCAGGGGAUUAAGUUAUCUUCAUUCCAAGAAGAUUGUGCACCGUGAUGUGAAGACUGAAAAUAUGCUUCUUGACAAAACGAGAACUGUGAAAAUUGCUGAUUUUGGUGUUGCUCGACUCGAAGCUUCUAAUCCCAGUGAUAUGACCGGUGAAACUGGAACACUUGGUUACAUGGCACCUGAGGUUCUCAAUGGAAAUCCAUACAACAGGAAAUGUGAUGUUUAUAGCUUCGGGAUCUGUUUGUGGGAGAUAUACUGCUGUGAUAUGCCGUAUCCUGAUUUGAGCUUCUCAGAGGUCACAUCUGCUGUUGUUCGUCAGAACUUGAGGCCAGAGAUACCACGUUGCUGUCCAAGCUCUUUAGCAAACGUGAUGAAGCGUUGCUGGGACGCGAACCCUGACAAGCGACCUGAGAUGGCUGAGGUGGUGUCCAUGUUGGAGGCAAUCGACACAUCAAAGGGUGGAGGCAUGAUCCCUGUAGAUCAGCGGCCCGGAUGCCUUGCAUGCUUCCGGCAGUACAGAGGUCCAUGAUAGAUGGAACCCUGCUGGAGCUGCGGUCUGAAGAAUGGCCUCUAGAUCUUGUGGAUGUCUAUUGCAUUUGUUAUCUGGGGAAGCAAACUGGUUAUGGAGCUAGUGUGCUUAUCGGCUUAUGUAAAUUCUGUCCCAUCCAUUCUGUAACUCUGUUUUUAUCAAUCAAUGAAAGAACCGGGCUUGCUCGUCUA